CUGCACGGGCAGACACAUUGGGGGAGUUCAUGCAGCCUCCAACAGCACCGGGCAGGGAAGAAGUCAGUGACGGCGGGGACUGGACUGGUGGGGUUACAAACGGCCAAGGCACCAUGCGUGAGGGUGGUGCAACGGACGACCAAGGCACCAUGCGUGAGGGUGGUGCAACGCCCGCAGUCCCGUCCGGUGAUGGCUCAGUGACAGGUCCAGGGGCUGGCAUGUUCAAACAGGCGUCUAUUCGGCGGUGGACAGAGAACUCCUCACAACAGCGCUUGGACAUUGCAUGGGGGAUGCACUUGUACGAGCACGGUGCUCCCUUCAACUAUGUGACAGGGGAGAAGACUCAUGAACUCCAUGACCUUUACUUGGAGUUGGGGGAGAAGAGGCAGCGUGUGAAGAUGCCGAGCCGUAUGCUGAUGGCCACGGUCGUGCUUGACAUUGGGUACGAACAGACGCAGGAGGCAAUGAAGCCGCUGAUGGAGUGCUGGGACAUCAACGGCUGCACUUUGAUCACAGACGGGUGCACAGAUCGUACGUUCCGUCCUGUUGUGGGGAAACCCGGGGAGGGGGCCCUGCUCUUCGCUGAAGUCAGGGGGUACAGUGCCUUUCACUUCACUGUCCCCGCUUCAGAGGUCCUCAACGACCAACAGGGAUCUAGAUUUCAGGCGGCGCACUGCUUGUGGCCGCCUGACACCGUCAUGAACUUCAUUGCUGCUGGGGAGAGCGGGGCAGUGAUGCUGAAGGUAGUUGACAUGUCGAAGAGGAAGAAGAAUGCAGUUUCGCUGGCGAAGUUGUGGGAAGGGGUGAUUCGAGAGAUUGGGGUGCAUAGAGUCAACGCUUUGUGUACGGACAAUGCAGAGGUGAACAAGCAUGCAGCUAGAAUUUUGAGGAGGAGAACGGACGUGAAUAUUUCACGGAUUCCUUGGGUGCUGUGUGCUGCUCAUUGUUUGAACCUGCUCCUGAAGGGGAUCUGUGAAGAGUCAUGGGUGCGAGAACCGCACAAGAGGGGAAAGACAAUCGUGAAGUGUAUCAAAAAUCACCACAAAACAACGCAGUUGUUCAAGGACUGUUCGAAGAUGGAACGCAGCAGGACGCUUACCAUGCCGACGGAAGUUCGUUUUGCUUCCGUCUACAUGAUGUUGGAGAGGCUGCUCGACCGCAAGAAGGUGUUGAAGGCGAUGAUGAAGGAAGGGUGGCUUGACAUCAAAUGGGCUGCCAGGAAGAAGUGUGAGAUAGCUGAAACGGUGUAUCUGACAGUCCGGUCAGAGGAGUGGUGGGAGGAGGUAGAGGCAGCCGUGGAUAUGAUGACACCUGUGUACGAUCUGCUGCGUCAGAUGGACAAGAGCGGCACUGCUCCCUAUUACGACACCGACAACAGCGACGAUGGAGAGGAUCUGGUUUGGAGGGGGAAAGGAAAGAAAAGGAAGGAUAUGGAAUGUUUGGAUGGUGCAUGCCAUGGAAAAGGGAAAGCGCAGGUGGAAGAAGAUGACGAUGGCGAUUCUCACGAGGAGGAUGAAGUAGAUGAAAUUGUCACGGCGGAGUUUGCGUUGCGCACACCCUCGGAGUCGGAUGAGGACUCCGAUGAUGACCCCAGUGAAGAUGAUAUGGCAUUGAGGCAAGAUGCAAGUCAGAUGGAUAGUGACCUUGAGUUCUUGCUGCCUCGUACUUGUGACAGCCCCAAUGCCACGCAGACCGAGGACGAGGCUGCGAGAGCUUAUGCAUAAGCUCUCGCAAAGAGAGAUCAUGCCAUCGUCAUGCAGCGCGUUGAGGAGGACGCAGCGAGGCGU